CGUGUUGCAGUAGGAUGUCGACAGUCCAUACAGAGCGUGGAGAGAAUAUGAGGACAAAACGGUUCAAACGUUUUCUAGAUAUGAUGUUGCAUGAUCUCAUUAAAUAUGCGAUAAAAGAAUCGGUACGAAGCUGUCUCCUAAUUUUUAGGCACUGGGAAAUCGCUUAUCUUCGCAAAAAUUAUGGAAGUACAACAGCUCAAAAAACAGUAUGACUUGAAAAUGGAACAAAAUCAUCGUGGCACACCUGGUGUAUCUGUGUCGAAUACUAAUUAUCGUCAUGCAAUUUUGAAUGAAAUAACUGGUCCAGGUCUAACCAAAUAUUUAGAUUCCAGCGGAAAUAUUUUUGUUUUAAUUGAUGAAUUCGAUGGAGAUCACAAGCUGGGAAUGUUCAACAAGGAAACGAAAUCUAACAACCUGAAUUCUAGCGCAGCAAGCGUGCUGAAAUCGUUUCAUACCGGUAUCCCAUAUUAUCAAAAAGGGAAAGCUAGCGAUACGGGUCACCUUGAAAAUCCACAAGUAUCGUUUCUAGCUGCUAGUAAUGGAGAACCUGUGAUGGAUAUUUUGCGAGCAAAAAUCAAAACGGCUGUUAUGCCGGAUGCUCUCGUUAUGAGAACCAUUUUUGAUGUGAUCGAUUCACCACCUAAGUUUAAUGCUAACUACAAAGACAAAUUGUUGCCACAGGGCGCCAUUGGUUUAGAGUUACUUUUAUUAGCAUCGUCAUUACUGUGCAAUCAAACGUAUGAGUUCGACACUGAUAGUGAUGGAAAGCAAUCUGCCGAUGAUCUCCUUCAAGCUUGGCAAGACAACUGUAUGGCAGCAAGUGCACGUUGGAAAAAUACGGACAAAUGGAUAUCCUCUCGUUUUUCAAAAACAUGCGAAUUAACAGCACGCCUUGCAGCACAAAUCACACAUAUCGAUGUUGCCUAUCGUGUUUUACAAGAAUUUAUUAUUGAACAAAACUUACAGAGUCGUAAUGGACCCGUUACGUUUAAUACUUAUUCUCAAAUGGUUGAUUUCUUUUAUCGAAAAUAUCCACCGAACUCAACGAAUCCAAUCAUCAUAUCAACCGGUCAAGUAGAAGCUGCAAUGUACGCAACGAAGAUUAUUUUAUUGAAAUUUUUCAAUUUAUUUGAUAUUUCCGUGAAUCGAUCGAGUCCAAUAUUAGAAAUACCAUGGGUUCCACCAUCGACAAAUUCUCAUUCAAAUCCUGCUCUUGUUCGACUUCCAGCUACUCAAACAAGUGUCGACGGAACAGUCGAUGAUCAAUUUGCCCUUGACAAAUAUCAACUGAUUUUAUUGUAUCCCAGCAUAUGUUUCACCUUUUCACAGAUUGUCAACGCAUAUCCUAAACUCAAAUACAGAUACGAUUCCGUCGAACCCAUGCUUGGCAAAUUGAUACAAUUAAAUUUGUUAUCGAAAUAUGAAAAUGGUAUUCGAUCAGGACGCAACGUAAGCAAUUUGUAUAUUAAAGCUUUACCGGAAUCGAUAACAAUGCAUACAGUUAAUUCGUUUGUCGUUGAUACUCUUGAUAGAGUGAAAAUGCCAUGGACUUUAUACAAAGUAAAUUGUGAAAAGGUUCUUUUACCUUCCGCAUCAGCACUUCUGUCUGAAGAAGUUCGACAACUCUUCGAGCAAGACAAUUAUCGAAGAAUUAUUCAAAAGUACGAAACGAUGGAGAAGAAAAUGAGAAAAAAACAAUCCGAAUCGGCUAAGCAAACUAAACAAUGUGCACUUAAAUUAAUCGAUAAUAACAUUGCAAGUACACGAAGUGGUCUCAAUACGUCAUCGCCAAAUGAAAAUCCUUUCGAAGAUGAUUCACUAGAAGAAGAACAAGAAGCACAGGCAGAACCACUAGAUAGAACAAAACAUUUAUCACCGACUUAUGCUUCAACGGAACCAAAUAAUUCAUCGUCUUCCAUCACGACAAAUUCGAUUUUGUCUCAAGUGCCGUCAUCAACCAACAAUCUGAUUAAUUAUCUUCUACCUCGUCCGCCACUUCCGAUCUUACACAACUUCGAGCUCGAGAAUGAUAUCGAUCCAUCUGUUAUCGAAACGAUAUCGAAUAAUGGAAUCAACGACGAUCAAUCAGUCGAGACAAAUAAUGAAAAUGAAAUUUCAAAUGAUUCUACACAACACACAAACAAAACAAGUCCAGUAAACAUUCGUCGUGGCGCUCGUGUGCGAACAAAGAACAAACGAUUUUUUUCACCUGAACCAUCGGAACGCACCAGUACCGCAACUAACAAAAAAAGCAAUACUCAAAUGACAAAUUAA